GCGCCGCCCCCCGCCCCCCGGGGCGAGCGGGGGUCGCCAUGGCCGCCCCUCACCCCUGGAGGGGCGGCGGGGAGCCCCCCCUCGCCGCUCCCGCACCGCCGCCCCGGUGUUAUCCCCGUUAUUUCCCUCUUAUUAUCCCUAUCCCCGUUUUUAUCCCCGUUAUUCCCCCCACUGCCCGCCCGCCGCGGGGGGAGCGCGGCCGGUCGCGCCCUGCCCGCCGAGGGGGGCACGGAGCCUUCUUUGGGACGCGAUGUCCUAUUUGGUGUGGGUGGAUGGCUUAACUUGCUGGUAAUUUCUGCUGCGUCAACACCCAGCUCAAGGGAGAGGAGAAGAGACAAGGGGGCAUUUUAACAGCAGCUCCACUUGCGGAUAGCCAGCCUCAAUCCCGGCUCCAGCAUUAAAACCCUUUCCGCCCCCUAAAAACCAGCAUCCGUGCAAGUUGGACCAAGAGUUUGUCAGGAGUGUGGUUCAAAACUGCUUGGAAAAAGGGAUGAGGACAUCUGAUGAACCUUCUGGAGCUUCUCAGCAGAGACCAUUCUCCUCUCUCCAUUGAAACAUGCACAGUCCAGCUGUGAAGCAUUGCAAGGUUUAUUUUUGCUGACAGGAAACACUUUCAAGUAUCGUUCUGUCUUUCUCCUACAAGAGUUCACCCCAGUGCUGUCAGAAGGUCACAAAAGGGCACUACCUGUGCUGCCCUGGGGCUGUUGAUGUCCUCAGCUGUUGUAGGAGAAACACUAGACCUGGAACCCAGUUUAUUACUGGACUUGUGGAAGAGGAAACAUAAAGAUCUCCAAAUGAAUAACCGAAAGGAAGAUAUGGAAAUUGCUUCCCACUACCGUCACCUGCUGCGGGAGCUGAACGAGCAGAGGCAGCACGGCAUCCUCUGCGACGUCUGCAUCAUCGUGGAGGGCAAGAUCUUCAAGGCUCACAAAAACGUCCUCCUGGGGAGCAGCCGCUACUUCAAAACCCUCUACUGCCAGGUCCAGAAAACCUCUGACCAGGCCACGGUCACCCACCUGGACAUCGUCACCGCCCAGGGCUUUAAGGCAAUCAUUGACUUCAUGUACUCCGCACACCUGGCGCUGACCAGCAGGAACGUCAUCGAGGUGAUGUCGGCCGCCAGCUACCUGCAGAUGACAGACAUCGUGCAGGCCUGUCACAACUUCAUCAAAGCAGCCCUGGACAUAAGCAUCAAGUCUGAUGCCUCGGAGGACCUCGUUGAUUAUGAGCUGGGAGCCCCUUCCAGCAGCAGCACGGACGCUCUGAUCUCGGCAGUGGUGGCUGGCCGGAGUAUAUCCCCCUGGCUGGCUCGGCGAACGAGCCCAGCAAACUCCUCUGGGGACUCAGCCAUUGCCAGCUGCCACGAGGGAGGGAGUAGUUAUGGGAAAGAGGAUCAAGAACCAAAACCAGACAGCCACGAAGACAUUUCAUCCCAGUCUCUCUGGGCUAGUGACAUGGGCUAUGGGUCUUUGCGUAUCAAAGAGGAGCAGGUGUCCCCGUCCCAUUACGGAGGGGGUGAGCUGCACUCUGCCAAGGAUAGUGCAAUACAGAGUGGGUUCUCAGAGCAAGGAGUGGGGGAUGGCUGGCAGCCCACGGGCCGCAGGAAGAACAGGAAAAACAAAGAAACUGUGAGACACAUUACGCAGCAAGUGGAGGAUGACAGCAGGACAAACUCUCCUGUGCUGCCCCUUUUACCUGCCUCAGGAUGGCCGUACAGCAGUCGAGACCCAAGCGCUGAUGCGGCCGGGACGGAGCCCAGCAGCUCGGACAGCCGGGUGGAGCGGCCGGAGCCCUACAGCAACGUGGAGGAGGCGCUGCUGGGAGGGGAGUCCAGCUACAUCCACCAGCCCCUGACUCCGGACAAGGAGGACGCGCUCCAGGCAGCCACCGUGGCCAACCUGCGCGCGGCUCUGAUGAGCAAGAACAGCUUGCUGUCGCUGAAAGCCGACAUGCUGAGCGAGGACAGCUCGCUGCUCUUCGAGUACCUCCCCAAAGGCACGCACUCGCUCUCCCGGCCUGGCACCAGCUCGAAUCCUUCAAGGGGUGAAAGUGAUGGCAAAGUGGAAGCACCAUCUCCCCCGCUGCCUUCAGCACACCUUGCCACUCAGAGCCCCACCAGGAUCUGCUCUUCUGGUGAAAUGUCACCAGAAACUGGGACAAAAGGAGAGGUGCCUUCUUCAACCCAGGCCGCCUUUGAUGGAUUGCUGGCACUUUGGCAGUUUGAUAACUCUGACUCAGAUUCCAGUUUCCCAAGAUCUGAAGACACGGACAUCACCUCCGAUGGGACCUUCCUGGACUCAGCCCUGACCAAGAGGCUGACCUGUGGCUUCUGCAGGAGGGUGUUCCAGCGUGCUGAGGAGCUGCAGGAGCACAUCCACGAGCACGCCUUCUCCAUGCUGCUCCCGCUCGACGUGCUCGACUGCUCCCGGCCCGGCCAGCUCGGCCGCUUCCAGUGCUCCAAGUGCCCUGCCAGCUUCACUCUGAAAUCCAACAUGGAGCGGCACGAGAAGACCAUCCACUUCCACUUCAACGAGUUCACAGUCAUCAGGAAGAAGUUCAAGUGCCCGUACUGCAGCUUUUCUGCCAUGCACCAGUGCAUCCUGAAGAGACACAUGAGGUCCCACACAGGGGAGAGGCCCUAUCCCUGCGAGAUCUGUGGGAAGAAGUUCACCCGCCGGGAGCACAUGAAGCGCCACACCUUGGUCCACAGCAAAGAUAAAAAAUACGUCUGCAAGGUUUGCAACCGGGUGUUCAUGUCAGCAGCCAGCGUGGGGAUCAAGCACGGCUCGCGCCGCCACGGCGUCUGCGCCGACUGCUCCGGCCGCGGCAUGGCCGGGCACCUGGACCACAACGGGGCAGAGGGCUCCCCAGAGGAGUGCUACCCUGGGGAGGGGCAGUACAUGGAAGAUCCAGAUGACAUCAAAGUGGAAGGAGACGAGGAGAUGGGAGACGACGACGACAUCAAGUGGAAGGAUGACGUGGGGAUGUCACAGGAUGAUGUGAUUUUAGAUGAUGACAAAGAUGUCGACUCCCCGCAGGAGCAGGACAACUCUGGGGAGAACGACAAGGAUUUUACCUGGAUUUCUUAGGGAUUAUUUUUUGUUUGUUUUUUUUUGGUUUCGCUCUGUUGUUUGUAGGGGGAGGGAGGGUGGGGAGGAAGGAGUAUGUUGGAAAAACUAAGUAGCCUUGUUGUCGUCCAUGUGUGCAAAAUAACUCUUGUGUUUUCUAAACAAGUCCUUCUCUGUUCCA